CGAAAGCCCAGCGACGAUCAAGCGGCCGCUGCUGCACAGUUAUUUUCGCAAAGCUAUCGAGUGCGGUUCGUUCGAUGCGGAAGCUCUUCUUUUCUUUUCUUCACUGGAAAGCAAAAGAGACAGCAAUCAUAUUCUCCGAGACAGCAAUCAUAAUAAAUUCAAACAAUUAAUCAAAACGCGUCGAUCGAUGAAUUGUUUGCUAUUGAAAGAGAAAUGUUUAUUUAAUUGCAUGCAUGCCAGCUAUAAAAAAAAAUAAAUAAAAAUAAAAAAAAAACCAGCCAGCCAGCCAGCAACAACAAGUGCCAGUGAAUUAUUGUACUUAAUUUUAACGUACAAAAAAAAAUAAAUACCAGUGAGCGAUUGUGUCAGUGUGCGUCUAGAAUCGAGAAUCGAGAGUGUGAGAGAGUGUGCGUGAGCGGCUUUAUCAAUUGCUCCAAAUAAAUGUUUUUUCGUCAAAGUGUUUGACAGCCCAGUGUGAGCAACAGUAACAGCAACAACAACAAUACCAAUAUAAUAAUAAUAAUAAUAAAUUCCCAGCAAGAGAAAAAAGCUAAAGAGAGGUGACGGAAAAUAACCAUUGCAGCUUAAAACGAAUGAUCUAAAAAAAAAGAUUUAAAAUUAAUUAGUGAGAGGCCGAAAAUAAAUCAUUGCAGUGCAACAAGUGUUAAUAUCAGAUACAAAAUAUUCUAAAGUGCAAAAGUUUAUAAAUAAGUAGUUAUUAAAGACUAAGAUUAAAGAUACCCCAGCCAGCCAGCUUAUCGCCAGCGGGAGGAGGUUGACGACUUUGCAGGUUUGACAAUAUGUUGAGCCCCCAUAAUGAAGGAAAUUGACUCGGAGACGUCAGUAGUAUGGCCAGCCUGGUGUUAUUCCGGUAACGCACCCACCGAUAUACUGCAGCAGAAGCCAGCCAAGGCCACCACCGCCAUUGUGGGCGGUCGCAGUGCAGCCCAACCGACGGCGACCCACGACGACCACCGGACCAUAGCGGCCUCCACCAAACGGAAGCAUCUGGAGCGCUUGGCCAGCGAUCUCCGGCAACUGGGCCAACAGGGUAGAGAGCAGGACAGAAGCCACACCACGGACCUCGCCUCCGCCGGAAAGAUGCUCAGCGAGCGCUCGAUCCUGCUCAGCGGUUAUGGGGCCAUCGAGAGCAGCGCCAAGAAGCUGAGCGAAGCGACCUCCGGCGGUGGGGCGGGCGGCAUGGUCAGUCAGUCGGCCAUUACGCCCACCACCACACCCCUGGGCAUGUCCAGCGCCCCCUCCACCUCCACGUCCUCCGCCCCCAUGCCCUCCUCCGCCUCGGCCAGCAACACUGCCACGGUGGCCGCCGCCUAUGCGGCCCUCUACUUGGAGAAGGUCAAGAACGAGAAGUACUCGCAGAUGGACAAUCACAAGGAUGCUCUCAUGAUGGAGGUCAAGCCUAUGGUGACCAUACACAACAACAACAACAAUAAUGCUAUCAACAACAACAACAGCAGUAGCAACCACCAUUCGAGUCACCAGCCACAGCACCUGAGCGUCAAGAGGGAGCGCCUCAGUCCGGGGAGCAACAGUAGCAGCCACAAUGGCGAAGUCACCGUCAGUUCAUUUGCCAGAUCUCGCAGCGCCACGCCCUCCUCGUCGUCUCUCCGCGGCGGCGGCGGUGGCGGUGGUGUCUCACCCAACCAGCAACAGUCCCAGCAACAACAACAGCGCCUGAGUCCGCCCAGUGCCCAGACGGCAGCUGCCACAUCCUCGGCCACUGCCUCAUCUACCGCAACGCACAUGCCGCUGCACAAUUUGUCGACGAAUUUGUUGAAUAGCAUCCAGCAGCAGCAGCAGCAGCAGCAACAUCGCAACAGCAGCAGCAGCUCCAACAGCACCACUGGCCAGGCGGAUGGUGGAGGUGGCACGGCGAGUGCCACAGACUUCUCCACCCGCAACUAUUCGGAUAUAAUGCGGUGUCUGGCCGCCAAGUACAACAACACCAAUCCAAAUGACCACAAUGCCACACGUCGCAACUCCUACUACGACAACAGCAACAGUGGCAGCUCGGCAGCGGCCGCAACAGGAGCCGGACCGGGUGCCGCCAACACUGCCUCCAGUUCCGCCCUCAAGUCAGCCAGCAGCAGCAGCUCCAGUGGCAGCUCCAGCGGCCUCAGCAGCUCCAAGAAGCACUCACCAUCGGCCACUGCGGCAGCUGCAGCAUCGGGGAAUGUUACAGCCUCCGGUAACCUGGCCAAGGAGAGCAAGAUGAGCGGCGGUGGGGGCGUGGGCUGUGCCACAGCCCCGGGCAGUGGCUCGUCCCUGUCGCAACUGGCCCCGCCUCCAGCAGCGCCUUCGCCCACGGAGCAGGCCAAGAGCCAAAUGGCCGCCGUGGUGGCCGCCGCCAGUGUCUCUCCGUUUAUGACCAACUUUCUGCCCUUCUCGUCCGGCAUUUUUCCGCCGCUGAUAGACAUGAGCAGCACCCAGGCUUUAUUGACUCUGGCACGCGCAAUAAAAGACGCCCAAAUCCAGGAGAUCCUGCGCUCUAAGCAGCAGCGCUCCGGGUCGAAUGCCUCCUCGCCGAACGCGAAUGCGACGGGCACACCACGUUCCAGUGCCACACUCAAUGCCGCACUGCAGCAGGCCGCCCAAUUUGUAACACCCGCUCUCAUGUACUCGGCCCAGUUGCAACAGCAACAGCAACAGCAGCAGCAACAUCAGCGACAGCAACAACAAUCGCAUCACGCUUCGCGGCAGUCUAGUCCACGUUCCGCAACUGAGAAUUUAUCGGUGGCGCCGGUAGUCGGUGGUGGUGCUACCUCCUCGAUUGCGUCGGCGGCGCCACUGGAUCUGAGCUCCCAGCCACCGGCCGCCAAGCGUUUUAAGGCCGAGCGUCGUGCCAGCUCCACUGCCACUACGGCCACAACUGCCACCACAGCCUCAUCCGCAUCCACACCAUCCCCGCCACCGUUGGAGCAGCACCAUCAGCACGACGAGACCCAUUCGGCAUCGGGAUCGGGACCAGGAGCUAGCAAGCCUCGCAAGAGGUGCCAAGCCCAGAGUGAGGAGGUAAACUCCUGGACGGUGGACGAUGUGUGCGGCUUUGUGGGUGGAAUUGAUAUAUGCGCGGAGUAUGUCCAGUCGUUUCGUGAUCAGUCCAUCGAUGGCACCGGACUGCCGCUCUUGACCGAGGAUCAUUUGGUUAACUCGUUGGGCAUGAAGCUUGGGCCGGCUCUCAAGCUGCGCUCCAUAUUGGCGAAGAAAUUGGGCGGGCCGUGUCCGUGUGUUGCAUGCGUUGCGCAGGCGCAGCAAAUACUGGCAUUGCAAACGGGUGGGGCGGCACCAGCAGCGGCGGGAACUGCGGCAUCUGGAGGAGCAGAAGCAGGCGUAGCAUCAGCAUCGGCAUCAACAGGAGCCACGACAGCCAUAACUAGCUGUAGCAUAAAGUCGGAGAUCUUCAAUGGCGGCAGCAAUGGGAGCAGCAGCAGAAACAGCAAUCAGAGCAGUGAUAUUGCUGCUCAGCGAGCAUCGUCCAACUCGCCCAGUGGUGGCAUCAUUGCGCUGCCGGAGUUGCCGUGUAACGACACCAGCUAGUUAUGUUUGAUUUCAUAAAUAUUAAUGCUAACUAAUUGCAUUUCAACUGCAAAAUUGUUGUACCAAAUGAGCUUUCAAAAAAAAAAAAAACAAAAACACACAAACAAAAAUAUAUAAAAAAUAAUUGGAAAAAAAAACACAGAAGAUUGAAGACAGAGAACACAUUGUGUAAAUUAAAUAAUAAAUAAUAUACGUUAAUGGCUAGCUAAACUUAUAAACUUUAAGAGACAAAACAACAAUAAUCGCAAAGUCUUCCACUGCACAGAUACAGACACACGAAUGCACAUGCUAAAUACAAAUCAUAUUUGUAUAACUUUAAUCAAUUAAUUAGUCAAUUUAGUGAGCGUUUUCGAUUACGUUACGUACUUAAGUGCAAAGCGAACUUGCAUUGAUUUUAUUUAUUUCUAUGACUUUUUUUCGUUUUAACUGCUAGUCAGUAAUUAUAUAUUUUAUAGAAUUCCGAUAAAUGUGAAGCGAACUUAAAAAUUCAUUUAUAUUGUUUAGCAAAUCAAAAGUAAAAGGCUAUUUAUUUUUUUAAUGUUAACUAAAAGCAACGAGUGAAUCGAUGUUUUUAACAUUUUGCAAACUUGAGUUAUUAAUGUAUACUUUUUCUGCGGCCAUGCACAGAGGAAUUCCAAAUUCAACUUUUAUAACUAUUAGUAAGUCCUUUUUUAAGAGCUCCAAGACUUUAAACACAAAAACAAAAUGGAAAAAAAAAAAACACAGAAACAGAAACAAGAUAAAAGCAAAGGUAUUUUAUAAUUUCAAUGUAUAUAUUGUUUAUUUAAAUAUUUUUAAGUCAAAUAGAAUGAAACAAUUUUUUGUAAUACAUACCUAGGCCGUAUGCAAUGAACUUAAAGAAAGAAGCAUAUUCCUACAGAAUCGGAAUGCAAAUAAAUUUGAUUUAUUAUUUACAUUUAACGAACUAUAGCUAUUUUUCACAAGCUGAAGCAAAUAAAUUAUACCAGUUACCAUACAAAACAAAA